AUGUCCGUCCAGUAUGGGAGAAGGUGUUUUUUGUGUAAUAAUACUCGCUAUCGAAGCAAGCAGUGCCGGCUGUUUCGAUUUCCGGCCCGUGGCUCGGUCAUGUGGUGUAAAUGGCUAGCGGCGCUAGAGCUGACCGAUACCGAUAUCAAUGUCCACUCGAACGAGCCACCACGUCUCUGUCAGCUUCACUUCGAUCCGAAAGAUUUUCUCCAACGGCAGCUAUCAGGAAUGGCAGUUCCAGUUCGUCGCAUAAAGAUGCAAAAGAUGAAGGUUGAUGAUGAUUCGCGUGGAGACAAGAUGCCAAUUAUCGGCGUUGGAGACUCGAGGACCGAAAGGCAGUACGGGGUUCAGGUGGAAGAGGAUACGCGGCGAGCUAUUGAAUCCGGAGGAAACCUCGGUGAUUAUGUUGUAUUAUCGAAUGACCAAGAUUUGGUUGAGUUGGACGAAACAACUGGAUGCUGCUCACCUUCGCUAGGUGAUACAGAAGAACAACUGGAUCAUGCGCCCAGUAUAACGUUUCAGCAAUCAAACUGUAAUAUAAAGCAACACGAAACCCUUACUCAAGAGUUGACCAUAGAACGUGCCCGAGUGGAGGAGCUUUUGGAAGAAAACGCCACCCAGAAACAUAUAAUAGAAGAGCAACGAAACCUGUUGCUACAUCUAGGGGUUCAAUACGUUGUUCUUGAGGAAGGCGAGGAUGUUUCCUAGAAAUUUACGACACAAUACGAUAUAUGCAAAAGCUCAUGAAUUUAUUUAACGAUUACUCAAGUAGGCGUGCAUGAUACACUGUCCGCUGCGAGACAUUUCAAACGCACAUUUAAAGCACGGUGCACUGUAGGAGAAAAAUAAAUCAAGAUGGAUUCACGCGGAAGCUUUAGUUGCCAUUCUCUAGAUCAAGCUGCUCCUUCAAGAUAGCAUCCCCGGUGGCUGACGGCACUGCAAUGGGUGCAGCAGAAAAUGUCUUCAUCGAACGGAAACAGGAUCUCGUCGUUGUUACACAGUUCGCAAAUGUACGCCUUACCGGAGCAUAUCUGGAUGAAUACGAAGUUGGUGAACGUUACUUCGAAAAAAACACCUUCCUUGCUCCAACCUUACCAGACAGUUUCUGAUGUGA